AUGUUGUCGAUAGCAAGGGUGUCAUUAUUGCGCAAUGCUCGCAUGGUCCCAGUGCAUGCCAUGCAAAUGAGACCUGUUGUUGUGAGAAGAUCAUUACACAAUGGAAGCCUGUUAUUGCAGAAGAAAAACGAGAAGAAUGAAGCUCCAAAAUCUAUUCUUGAUGACGACAUGCUUGCCAGAGCCGGUGUGGAGGUAGAAGGUAAUGAAGCCGGAUCUAAAGACAAGAGUGGAAGGGCAGGAGAGGCAGGAGAGUCUGCAGAGCAGGAUGAUUCUACAGGUGAUAAGGGCUCCGGGAAGAAGAAGAGAUCGAGAAAAUCGUCCACAGAUAUUAAACGUGAGCGUUAUGCUAAUUGGUUUUACAUCCUGUCACUACUUGGUUUAGCUUCUGGUGCCCUAUCUAUGGCUCGUGACUGGGAUUCCGAUGAAAGUGAAGAGUUGAAGAAGGAAAUUCCAAAUGGUUAUACUCCUGCCCUAAUGUACAAGAGAAUGAAAAGACGUUGGGAGUCCAUUUUCACUUUCUUCCAAGAGCCUCCUUUCCCAGAUUUAUUACCACCCCCACCUCCACCACCAUAUCAAAGGCCAUUGACACUAGUCCUUUCUUUGGAAGAUUUAUUGGUUCACUCAGAAUGGACACAACAAAGCGGCUGGAGAACUGCUAAGAGGCCAGGUGUUGAUUACUUUUUGGGCUAUCUAUCCCAAUACUAUGAAAUCGUGCUAUUCUCUUCUAACUACAUGAUGUAUGCCGAAAAAAUUGCUGAAAAACUUGACCCAAUUCAUGCUUUCAUCACCUACAACCUAUUCAAAGAACAUUGUUUGUACAAAGAUGGUGUCCAUAUCAAGGACUUAUCGAAAUUGAACAGAGACUUGGGUAAAGUCUUGAUCAUUGACACUGAUGAGAAUUCGUUUAAAUUGCAACCUGAAAAUGCUAUAUACCUAGAACCAUGGGAUGGUAAAGCUGAUGACCGUUUAUUGAGAUUAAUCCCAUUCUUGGAAUACUUGGCAACCCAACAAGUUUCUGACGUUAGGCCAAUCUUGAAGUCUUUCCCAGACAACAAGAACAUCCCAGAAGCCUUUGAAAAGCGUGUCCAAGUCUUGAAAGAAAAAUUCGAACGUGACGAAAGGGUCAAGAACGAUAAGAACUUGUUUCUAAAACUAUUGGGUAUCGGUUUAAUUGGUACCAAGCCAAAGUUCCCGCUUGAUUUGAUCAGAGAGGAAGGUGAAAAGAAUUACGUCAGAUUCAUGAAGUUAGUCGAAGAAGAAAAGGAAAAGAUCAAGCUACAACAACAAGCUAUGGGACAACAGACUUUCACAUUGAAGGAUUACGUGGAAGGUAACAUCCCAACCCCCGAAGAACAACUGAAGCUACAAAUGGAAAAACAACAGGAAAUUGAGGCUCAGUUUGAAGAACAGAAGAAACUAAAGGCUCAACAAGGAAGCAAAUAA